UCCGCCCCCAGGACUCUCCUUCCGGAAAGAAAAGGAAAGGGAGCAUGUCUUUAUCUGACGAAGAAGGUUAGUCACCGUCUGGACCAGGGGCUGGCAGCUAUGCAAGCGAGCAAUCACAGGAGCAGAACUUUGCGGUCUCCAAGGGUUAACACAGGCAUUUGGUUCCAGUUACACUGUUACACAACGACUGGCAAUAUAUUUUGUUAUUCCGGCCAAAUUUGUGAGGAGAAAAUGCCUGGACACAAGCUGCUGACGUUUUGUAGCUCCUUGGUAUCUGCAACAUGGCUCGGAUUCUGCUCUGAGAUAGGGCUCGAUGACCCUCAGUCAACUCAUAUCCCAGUGGAAGAUGAGGAAGAAACAAUUGAACAAGAAACGAAAGAAGGAAACAUCAACCACCACGCCGAGCUGCCCCCUUGGUCAGGGAAGUCAACCAGAGAAAACGGCCGAACCGGGAACCUGAGCACGAGCUACGCAGAGGCCGCAUCUCCCGUUCUGCCGACUGCAGCCCGAGGUCUGUCCUCGCCUGGGAAAACGCAAGCAGUGAGUCAGCCUGUCAACACCACCCCCGCUUGUCACCUCACACACAGGUCCAGGCACAGCCGCAGGCGACGCGUCGGACUUCGGCUGCCCAACAGCAAGUUCAAGCGCUUCCCGCAGCAGCAGGUUGACUGUCCCACCGCAGACACAAGCCCCAGGUGUCAAACGCGGGACAGGCCCAGACCCGCAAGCCCAGCUGUGCCGGGCGGAGGGGGGAGUGCAGGCCCCAGAGCUGGGCGGGAGGCCUGCGGCCACCCCAGCUUCAGCCCAUGUUCGGGGCGUGCUGUGUGCACAGCUUGCACAAAACCGAAGGCCUUUUGUAUGAGAAUGUUUCUAUCCCCAGGAAGUUUGUAAUCUCUAGUUAGUGUACUUUUUCCUGGUGCCCUCAUGAUCUGCACCUGUUCUCAUGUUUCCUCAGCUUGCGGCUGGGCGGUCCCGGCUGAUCUCAGUGCCAAGAAUGUGUGUUUUCACAUUAUUUUACUGCAAUGGAUAAUGUGUCCACGCAGAGAAACAAAGUCUUCUCCCGGUGCUCAAUGCUUCCCAUAUGUAAUUUCUAUCAUAUUUGUGAUGAAGCAACUUCUGUGAGUUUACAGUGAGGCAGCGGUCAAAGUAAAACGUUGACUACACAGCCGGCUUCUGUGGUUUGUGACGCCUCCCGGGGGUGAUGACACAGGUCCAGAAAGGGUGUC